CAGCGGGGAGAGAAACUGAUCUCCGGCUGAGGGAGCCUGAUUUGCACAAUAAUUCGGAGACCAUUUCCAUCUCACCAUCCUGUUGUCCAGGAUGGCAGGAAUGGAGACUGAAACAGCAAGAGACAAAGCCACGAAAGAGGAAAGAACUGAACAGAAAAAGGAGAGGGAGAAGAAGAAGAGGUCAAGGGUUAAACAGGUGCUGGCAGAUAUAGCCAAGCAAGUGGAUUUCUGGUUUGGGGAUGUAAAUCUCCACAAGGACAGAUUUCUCCGAGAACAAAUAGAGAAGUCCAGAGACGGGUAUGUUGACAUAUCACUACUUGUUUCUUUCAACAAAAUGAAAAAAUUAACUACUGAUGAGAAGCUGAUUGCUCGGGCAGUUAAAAACUCCUCUGUUGUAGAGCUGGACUUGGAAGGAACCAGAAUCAGAAGACGCCAACCACUGGGUGAGAAGCCAAAGGAUGUGGACAGUCGGACUGUCUAUGUGGAGCUGCUUCCCAAAAAUGUCAAUCACAGUUGGAUUGAGCGGGUGUUUGGGAAGUGUGGCAACGUGGUUUAUGUCAGUAUACCCCGGUACAAAAGUACUGGCGAUCCAAAGGGCUUUGCUUUUGUGGAAUUUGAAACCAAAGAGCAAGCAGAGAAAGCUAUUGAGUUUUUGAAUAAUCCACCAGAAGAAGCACCAAGGAAACCUGGGAUUUUCCCCAAAACAGUGAAGAAUAAACCUGUUCCUACACUGAACACAAGUAACAGCACCGGUGUAGAGGAGAAGAAAAAGAAGAAAAAAAAGAAAUCCAAAGUGAAGAAAGAGAGCAAUGCACAGGCAGCUGCAGAGCCAAAGGAAUCAAACACCAACACUACCACGGAACCAACACCCAAAUCAAAAAGACAAAGGACUGCAUCUGAGUGUUCUGAAAUGGAGGCAACUGAGACUCAUAAGCAGCCCUCCAAGAGGGAGAAAAGGAAAUGGGACAAAACAGAAAACUCCGAGGUAACUUGUGAAAGCAGGCCUGGGAAGAGAAAAAGAACCAGCUCAGCAGAUGGAGAGACAUCGGCUCCAAAAGUCAAGAAAACUGCUGAAAAGGAGGAAGCUAAAACAGUAAAAGAGGAAGCUACAGAAGCUCCAAAGAAUUCCAGUGGUAAAGAAGUUGCUGCAGAAGAGGACAAAGAUAAAAAAGACACAUCUCUUUCCAAAGCUAAAAGGAAACACAAGAAGAAACACAAGGAAAGGCACAAAAUGGGGGAAGAAGUCAUCCCACUCCGAGUCCUGUCCAAGGCCGAGUGGAUGGGUUUGAAGCAAGAAUAUUUGGCCCUGCAGAAAGCCAGUAUGUCCUCCUUAAAGAAAACCAUGUCUCAGAUCAAACCUGAGCCCGCGGGAGAGAUGGAAACAGAGUCCUGUGCACAGAAAUCCGAAAACCACAAAACAGCCACCAGUGCCGGUUGUGCCCCUCCCGCCAAGGCCAACACAAUGGGGCCUCAGUUCGUUAGCGGAGUAAUUGUGAAGAUCAUCAGCACCGAGCCCCUGCCGGGCAGGAAGCACAUCAAGGAUGCUCUGGCAGUGCUGGCUGAGGUGGCUUAUGUUGACAUGCUGGAGGGAGACACCGAGUGCCACGUCCGCUUCAAGACUCCCGAGGAUGCACAGACUGUCCUGAAGUCACACAAAGAAAUCCAGAUCAAAAACGACUGCAAAUUCGAAAUUCUCACUGGUGACAAUGAACAGCGUUACUGGCAGAAGAUUUUGGUGGACAGACAAGCUAAACUGAACCAGCCUCGAGAAAAGAAGAGGGGGACUGAGAAGUUGAUUGCCAAGGCUGAGAAGAUGAGACUGGAGAAGACUCAACAGACAAGCAAACACAUUCGCUUCACUGAUGCCAACUAACCAGGCCCGAUGAUCUUCAAAAGUGUGAACUGUAGAAGAAUCUUCGGUGGAAGAAAUAAUAUCUUUGUUUGAUAGCUGUGGUUGCUCUGGCUCCAGAAGCAGUUCUCACUUGCAGAGAAGUGUUAAAAGUCGUGCAGUUCACAGGUUAAGAUGGUGACUUUUUUAAUGGCUCUCAAGUAUUUCACGGGAGGCUGGCAAUAUUUAAAAAAUCCCUGAAGGUAAAAUUGGAAUUCUACACAAGGCUGCACUUGUGAGUGACUCAGCCCGCUGGCAGGGAGGGAGUGAAUGGAGGGGAUUAGCACGACUCAAUGGAGAGGGAAUAGCAGCGAUCAGGCUGGAGAUAGCAGGAAGACAGAGGGGAAAAGUGCAAGAUAAGGGACAAACAAAAGGGCUGCAGGGGAAGAGCCUUGCUGAUGGUUCUUGGAAAUGGUGUGCGGAGGAUUCCUCCCAGGGGAAAGGUGGGGGAAGGCGAAGAACUGACCUGUGUGCCAAGCACUGCCCUGUGGACUCCUGCAGUAUUUAAGUGUUUAGUCCAAUCGCAGCAUUUUUUAUUUACUGUUAUUUAAUCUUGAGCUCCUCUCAUCCUAGGUGGGUAAGAUAUUUGAUGACACGGUAAAAAGUCGUUUCCAUACCUACCUAUGAAAAGAAUUGAUCCAUUGAUGUUUUUUUUUUUUUCUCCUCAGCAUCCUGCCUAAAAGACAGUUUGUUUUCUUUUUCCGUCUCUGUGACGUGAAAGGGAAAAAUAAACCCAAAAGCCUGCUCUGGGUAAAAUGUUUGGGAUUUUGCUGCUGAAGUUCAUUUUGAGUCAAAAAUAUAUCCACGGUAUAAAUAAUUCAGCUCAUAAAUGAUUCAGACUUUUUAUGUGUGGUGGAGAGUGGAACUGAACUGCAAAAGCCGAAGUCUGGGAGUUACUAGUCUUGUAUUAAUAUUUUCUGACUUUAACACACAGAAGUCACCCCUUUGCCCCUUCCCAUAUUUGUACAGGUAAAUUCCUUACACUUGAACAUGACUUUUGUUUUUCUCCCUUUCUAAACCAGUGCAGCAAUCUGCUUCAGCAGGGAAGGACAGUCGGUGUUUAUUACUUCCUGAAGAAGUUAAUAACAGCAUUUUUGCUCUUAAUUGAGAAGUCAGGAAUGGAGAGGAUGGUCUAGAUGCUUUUACAAAGCCUUGGAUUCUCAAGUAUGCCAGAAUGGUU